AAAGGAAGACGAGCUGUCAUAUUUACGCGGGAAUUUUGACAGCACGUGGCCAGUGCUUUUAAAAGUUUAUAUUUUUAAAAGAAAACUUUUAAAAGAGUUUAUAUUUUUUGAGGUUUUAUUUUAUAAAGUGUUACCAAAAUGAAAUUAGCAGUUGGAUUAUUUGUGCUUGCAGUCAGCUUAUCUUCGGCUUGCUGUCAGCGAACAGAAGCCAUCAUGAGGGACGACUUCGACGGGCCCCAUGAAGACGGCUCCUACAAGUGGGCCAUACAAACUGAAGGAGGAAUCUACCACGAGCAGCGAGGGUCCCUGCAGCCCAGCUCGUCGGGAGAGCCGGCGCUGGUGGUGGAAGGACAGUACCAGUACGUGGCGCCUGAUGGCCAGGUAAUCAACCUGCUCUACAGAGCUGAUGAAAACGGUUUCCAGCCCCAAGGAGCGCAUCUACCCACCCCACCACCAAUCCCGCCGGCCAUACAGCGAGCGCUCGAUUACCUGGCAACGCUACCGCCCUCUAAGGACUACCAGUGAACUACGAAACAUGGCCGACUUUUGAACCUUUUCUAUACAAACCAGUGAACUAGAGAACAUGGCCGAUUUUAUUAACUUUCAAUACAAAUGUUAAGCGAUAGAGAAUCCUGUAAAGACAUCAGUGUAUGGAUGUAAAAUAACUUACUGGAAAGACUUAAUUAAAAAAUGUAACCCUCCUUCUGGCGCAGUCGAGUAAAAAGAAAGAAUUUCACCAAAUAUUUUUUUUAAAA